ACCAUGUAAACUGUUGACUGCGCUAGGUAACUUAGCAGAUCUUCAUUAAAUGUUCGCAUUGUAGACAAUUAGGAUCUAGUUGACAAUUAUUUCUGAUAAUACUACUGAAGGAUGGGAAUGGCGAGAAAUUCUGUUAACGUUAAAGGUUUGAACUUUAUCGUCUGAAGCUAAUUUUAAUCACAUUUUUGAUGGCCGGAACGGUUGCCAGGCCAAACGUACACAACCUCGGCGACCGUGAUGUUCUUCGAAAGGAUCAUCGAGGCGAUCACCGACAAAUAUUAGGUGAUAUAAAGUCUCCUCAAAGCAUGGAAGAGAAUGAAAUUCUUGAUCAGUUAGAAGAUAAUGAUUCGUUUCACAAAACAGAGGUUUUGAAUUCAUUACGUAGCAGUAUACACAGUAAUGAUGGGCAGUUACCGUUUCAGGACUGCUCGAUAUUUUUCAAGCGUUUGCAGUCCAUUCUUAUUGACACAGACUGGGAUGUCAGGCAUCAAAGUAUACAACUUAUAUCUGAUGUUAUACCCCACUUGAGUACUGAUCUUGACAGAUGCAUGACUUUUGUUAUGCCCCAGUUAAUUAACAAUCUUGGAGAUAAUAAAGUUGCAAUACGAAAAUCAGUAAUUCAAACGCUUCAUGUUUACAUGAAAUAUACACUUAACGUAAGACAAAUAUUUGAUGCUCUUGUAAUUUAUGGACUUGAAAGCGAUGAUGCCAAGGUUAGGACUGAAACAACUGUUAUGUUACCCAUGUUACUAACACCUGAAUUUUCCAAGGAAGACUUAUCAAGCGUUUCACUUUCACUAGCUCGAAAGCUUUCCGAAAAUAAAGACGAUCCAGAAAUUGCAAAUUUCGCUUUAAAUAGAAUACGUAAUUUGGUAGGCGAUAAUGAGUUUUGUUCUUAUGUGGAUAACUUUACGCCGCCUGUAAAGCAGGCUUACUAUCGGAAGGCAAGUAGGGCGAGUAUAUCUAGUGCUCGUAGUGAUAUCUCGGAAAUUGAUAUUUCAACGCCGGUGUCAACUGAUUCCUCAAAACGCCGUGUAUUGGUCAGACAAUCAAAUAAAUUCACUCAAGAUAAAGCAAUUCUGACUGAGCCAUUGACAAGACAGUUAUCAGACGAACAUUGGAAAGUUCGCUACAAAGGUGUUGGGGAACUUCGCUCUGUUUUACAAUCUUCACCAGACACCUCUAGGAUUAUACAGGAAUUUCAGGCUAUUGUUGGCUUCCUUUGCAAUUUGUUAGAUGAUACUAAUUUCAAAGUUGUUCAAGGGUCUUUAGAUAUUUUCCAAGUUCUUGUUGACAGAUUAAAGACGGAUAUAAAACCAUUUUUGAAAUUAGUAAUCACCGCAUUAAGUAAAAGGUUCGGUGACUCAAUGGUUGUGGUUCGUCAAGCUGUAAUGAAAGUAAUGAUGCAGCUAAUGCAAAUUCUGUCUCCACAACCUGUCCUCGUAGUACUAUUUGAAAGCUUACAGAACAAGAAGUCGAGUGUUCGGGAAGGAGUAUUAAAUAUAACAAUUGCAACACUUUUAAAAUUUCCAAGUAAUGAUUUUGAUCUAGGUGAUUUAUCUAGGGUAAUCGCACCGACUCUCAGUGACCACAAGCGAAGAGUACGGCAAGCCUCGCUAGAAACAUUUGCGGUGCUUGCCUCGGCAAUGGGUCCAAAUAAAAUCGGACCCCUUAUUUCCGCUGUCGAUCAAGUAGAAUUACAGAUGGAAGAGGAAGGGGUGAUGCGAGCCGUGCAAGCCAGACUUGCACGUCGUCAGCUUCCAAAAGUACGUGGUGACGGAUUAGUUGAACAUGCAACAAUGAUGCCAUCCUCUGCCACAGCAAGAGCAUCUUCAUCAUGUAGUUAUGAUGUUUUAUGGAUUAUGAAAGCUGCUGGUGGGACCACGCAGAGUGCUAGAGAAAGAACUGAUCAUUCUUUGGAAUUAGCAGAACUCUCUGAUGCAGCACCUCAGAAGCGCUUCUACAGUGCGGGAAAAGGAAGGGUAAAGCUUCCGUGGGGAGAAGAUAAUGAAAAUAGGAUUCAAUUAAAUGGCAGUCAGAGUGACAGGGCCCAUGCCAACAGUGCCCCCAGCCAUCAGCAUGAAGAUGACCGAUGGUCCUACAGAGCUCGGCAUAAGUGGACAAGUAUUGAUGCCGAUUCACACGGUCUUACAGAGUUGGCCUUUCCUACCCGUAGAAGACAAGUUCCCAAAGAUAAGAGUGCUAAUUCUCGAGAAAAAUCACCGGAAAUAGGUGUUAGUACCGGGUCAUAUCGUCAGAUGCAUCUAAACAUGUUGAAACGAGCCUCAAUCUCAUCUAACACAAACUCAGAUUACGGAAGUCAGAGUGCACCACCAACUGAACGAGAGCUGUCAAGGUGA